AUGUUACCGGCUUCAACGCGACAGCAUCACGCGUUCGUUGGCAACCACGCGCACGGCCCAGAAGCGCCCCCCCGGCCUGCUUCCGUCUCGCCCCCCAUCGGCAGCUCUAUGGAACGCAGUGCCCCCGAGUACUCGCAGUCAGGUUUGCCAUCGCCCCAUCCAAGCAGCUUCGGCGACACCCAGUCUGAGGCCUCAUCCGUAGAUCACGAGUCUGCUGCGCCGUUUGUGACCCAGCAGGAAGCGCGGUCCACAAACUACUCAACCUCGGCCACUCCAACUUCAGACUACAGCGUGUAUCCGCCAUCUGCGCGGUCGGGCUCCUUUCCUGAGCACAUCACGCGAGCAUACCACCCAGCUAGCAACCACAGCGGCAGCAGCGGAGGUAUGGCGCAAACACCAACAAGUCCGUCCGUGCCUAUGCAAGAUGGGCCCAGCCAUCAGAACUCCCAGCAGGUCAAAUCUGACAGCGAUGUACCUAUAGAUCCAUCAAUCGCAGCUACCAGUCCAACGUAUGCUCAGCACGGACAAUAUUCGCCCUACGCCCCUCCACCCCAAGACAUGGCGCAUAGUUACCAACACCCGUCAAGCGCGGGCCUGUACGCGCAACCCCGUCCAGACUGGACAGGGUACCAGCAGCAACCUGGCGCCCCCAUAACUCCCGGCCAUCACGUAUUUCCCCAGACGCCGACAUCCGCAACGUCCCAGACUCGGCCAAACCAGGUUUAUUCGUUUGUCCCGAUUCCUGGCGCGCAGCAACAUAAGCGGCCGAGGAGACGAUUUGAAGAAAUUGAGCGCAUGUAUAAGUGCGGCUGGAAUGGGUGCGAGAAAGCCUACGGCACUUUGAACCACCUAAACGCCCAUGUAACGAUGCAGGCUCAUGGUCAGAAGCGAACACCAGAAGAAUUUAAGGAGAUCCGCAAAGAAUGGAAGGCCCGGAAGAAGGAAGAGGAGGCUGCCAGGAAGGCCGAAGAGGAACGUCAACGUCAGGCAGCGGUCACAGUCGCCGCCCAAAACGGCGGAGCUGACCCGCAGAACGGUCCCGACGGUGCUCAACCUCCGACGACUUAUUCGGGCCCCAGAGCGGUCCAGCUACCGCCCAUCGGAUAUCAGACUGCCACGUACCCUGCACCGCCGUCUGCAGGCAUGGCAGAAUAUGGGGGCAGCCAUGUAUACCCAAAUUAUACACCUCCCUCCCCGUACGGCCAGCCAGGCCAGCAGAUGUACAACCAACAUAAUGGCGGACAACCCAGUCACUAG